AUUAUGUUUUCUUCUCCAUAAUAAGUGAGAGCUAGUGACAAACAAGUGAGUGAAGCUCAAGCGCGUGGCGUCGCGUGAUAGUGAAGCUCAAGCUCAGUAGUCUCUUACUUCCUUUUGGUUCUUGGUUUUGUUUUACUUCUUACGCAAGUUUUUCCCUCUUUCUCCUAAUUUUCUCUCUCAAAAAUAUUUUCUCGAGAAAACCUCACACGUGAGAGAAUGUCUCGUUUGUCUUUUCCUUCACUUCCUCCACCACCGCCUCGUCCCCCAAACGCUAUUAUCGUUGCUCUUGUACUCGCCAUUCUCCUUUUCAACGAAAAUCGUAAAUGAUAUAAUAUACAUUUUCAGUACAUUUUAGGUUUUUCGGUUUAGGAACUUUUCUUCUUAAUCUUGAUCUCGAUUUUUCUAUAAUCGUUCUUCUUCUUGUACAGCUAGUCUAACUGAUUCUUGAAAAGAUUCUUGCAUUUUGAGUCAAAUACUCUUUGACUUGUGUGAUUGAGGAUUUUCCCGAGAAAAUGGGCCAGGAAAAUCGAUAUGCAGCACUUUCUACUUACGAUGUUUACUUCAAUGAUUCUUCCAAAAGGUCAAGAAUUUCAUACACAAGAAGCUUUCUUCUCUCUUUAGCCAAAGAUUGUGAUCGUAGAGCAACAGUGAAAUUACUAAAGGAGAUUCAGCUAGCAAUGGCUUGUGCGUUUGAAAAUUCACCUGGCCUUCUACCCUCGCCUUAUUGUGAUUAUGAUUCUGUUUAUCAGCAUCAGCAACAAGUGAAAAAAGAUUUUGUUCUGAAGGAUCUGGAUAAGGUCAAUCUACUGCAUAUGAGUACGGUGAAUAAAGAUUCUGUUCCGAAGGCUCUGGAUAAGGUCAAUCUACUGCGUAUGAGUACGGUGAAUAAAGAUUCUGUUCCAAAGGCUCUGGAUAAGGUCAAUCUACUGCGUAUGAGUACGGUGAAUAAAGAUUCUGCUCCGAAGGCUCUGGAUAAGGUCAAUCUGCUGCAUAAGAGUAGUGCACCAUAUCUGCCUCCGUGUCGCAACAGGGCACUAUCUUCUUCAACUGGAGACAGCAAUGGCUCGCCAAAUGGUGACAUAUCUGGAUCAUUUGAGUGUACAACUCAGAAGCAAGCAGAACCCGGAAAAUGUGGAAUUGUUUCUCCUAGAACAUUUGCAAAGAGGGACAAUCUUUGGGAGUGUUAUAAGCAGGAUCGGUUUGCUCCAAUUAUCCCUGAUGACCAAAUUCACCAGGAGUCGGAACUAAAAUCUUCCAAUGUGAGAAUAGAAGACUGUUCAACUGUUAUCCCUGGUCUAUGUUUGCCAGAUGAGGACAGUUUAAUUGCAUAUGAUGGACCUUUCUUGAACCAUGAAAUGGAGAUUUCACUUGGUAUUGAUAGUUUCAUGUCUGCCCCUGAAAGCAAUCUGACUGAAGAUGAUGAUUUAGAUAGUCAAAGCUCAACUUUUGAUAUGAUUAUGAAUCUAGUGGAAUUUGUACUCGAUGAUAGUGAUGAUGAUUAUGAUUCUAAUUUUGAAUGUGAUGAUUCCCUUAUGGAUCGCAUUAGGGCAGUGCUGGUGCAGCAUGGAUAUGAUGUUUCCCUUAUGGAUCGUAUUAUGGCAGAGCUGGUGCAGCAUGAAGCUAGACUUGGUCAGUCAAAGCUUUCUAACCCGUGGUUAUCUUCUAAUCAGUUGAAUCCAGGAAGCGAUCAACAAGAUGAUCAUAACUGUUUUCUGAGAAGCUCAACUGAUCCAGCUGUAUUCUCUCAGUCAAAGCUUUCUUGCCCAUGCCGCAAAAUUUAUGAAAUUUUCCUUUCUCUUGGAGCUGGUGUCCAACAGGGGAUAAUGCCACCACAGUUGCCUUCACUUCAUAAGGUGCCUUAUGUAAGGGGAGUUCCUGAUUCUCAUGGUGAUGAUGAUCGCAAUAGCAAGCAGGCAGUAGUUAACAGUUUCAAGAACAUGAAUUUAGGAGCAAGUCAGUUCCUGGAAGUACUCUACUAGUAGCAGACUUUCCACCGCCAUCAGCAGUCAGUCAGUAGCAAGACAAUCGUUUGCUUUAAUUUUUCAAAUUUUCUAGUGCAGCAGAAGUGUAGUUUGAUAGUCUCUGAAGGCACGUUUUAAUAGAUUCUCCUAGUUACAGUUCUAUGUCUGUUUGUUUUAAACUUUUUGUAGAUAAUGUCUUUGUUUUAGACUUUGAUUGGUUGAUUA